AAGAUUUAGAACAUUCUUUGCUCAUUGAAUAAUCUUUCACUCAAUAAAAGGAAGUGAGAUUCGUCAUAAAUUCCUCUUCGCCCCAUCGCCAUAAUUGAAGAAAUCUACUUUCGCUUAAUCCGAGAACCACAUGGUUCCCCAAAUCCACCGCCGCCAUGGAUGCUGAUCACCGCCCCAACGAUCACCCAUUUCCCAAUCCCAACCAACCUCACCGUUUCAAAUGCCACCUUUCUCCGAUCCACUUCUCAUCCAUUCUCAUUCUCCUUCUAGCAAUUUCCUUCUUCGCUUUCCCCAAAACAAAUUUCUACAAAUCCCAAUCCUCAAAACUCACCAAUCUUCUAAAAACUUCUAACCAACCCCCGGGUCUUAAUCCAUUAUGUGUUCUUUGGAUGGCCCCAUUUCUUUCUGGUGGUGGGUACAGUUCAGAAGCUUGGUCCUACAUUUUAGCUCUUCGUCAUCAUAUAACAAACCCUGGAUUUCGUUUGGUCAUUCGUCAACAUGGUGAUCUAGAAUCGGUCGACUUUUGGGAAGGCUUACCGGAAUCUGUAAGGAAUUUGGCUAUUGAACUUCAUAGAACAAGAUGUAGAAUGAAUGAAACUGUUGUGAUUUGUCACAGUGAACCUGGUGCUUGGAAUCCUCCAUUGUUUGAAACUUUGCCUUGCCCACCAGGUGCUUAUCGAAAGUUCAAGUCAGUGAUUGGUAGAACAAUGUUUGAAACUGAUAGGGUAACUCAAGAACAUGUGAAUCGAUGUAAUGUAAUGGAUUAUGUUUGGGUUCCUUCUGAAUUUCAUGUCUCUACAUUUGUGGAAAGUGGGGUUGAUCCUUCUAAGAUUGUGAAAGUUGUUCAACCUGUUGAUGUUAAUUUCUUUGAUCCAUUGAAAUACAAACCAUUUAGUCUUGAAUCUGUAGGAACAUUAGUUUUAGGAGGCAAUAACUUUGAAGAAGUAAGGUUAGUAGAGAAGAAGAGAUUUGUGUUUCUAAGUAUCUUUAAAUGGGAAUUUAGGAAAGGUUGGGAUUUGUUAUUGGAAGCUUAUUUGAAAGAAUUCUCUAAGAAAGAUGAAGUGGGUUUGUUUUUAUUGACAAAUCCUUACCAUACUGAAAGUGAUUUUGGGAAUAAGAUUUUGGAUUUUGUAGAAAAUUCUGACUUACAAAUGCCACUUUCUGGGUGGGCUCCUGUUUAUGUGGUUGAUAUUCAUAUACCUCAAACUGAUUUGCCUAGAGUUUACAAGGCUGCUGAUGCAUUUGUACUUCCAUCAAGAGGAGAAGGAUGGGGAAGGCCACUCGUUGAAGCAAUGGCGAUGUCGUUGCCAGUGAUCGCGACCAACUGGUCGGGACCAACGGAGUUUUUGACAGAUGAGAAUAGCUAUCCCUUGCCGGUUGAGAGAAUGAGUGAAGUGAAGGAAGAGCCAUUCAAAGGGCAUAUGUGGGCGGAACCAUCCAUCAGUAAGCUUCAAGUUCUAAUGAGGGAAGUGACGAUUAAUGUUGAGGAAGCUAAGGAUAAAGGAAGAAGGGCAAGGGAGGACAUGAUCAAUCGAUUCUCGCCCGACAUUGUUGCCGAUAUUGUUCAUCGUCAGAUAGAAAAUAUAUUUCACGAGAAGAGAUGAUAUUUAUCAUAUUUGUUUAUAAUAACCAAGAUUCCAUUUCUCCUGUUUGUGUUAUGUUCUGUUUAUCAUCUUGGAUUUUUUUUUCUUAAAAAGAAAAAAGAAUUGCUAAGUGUUGCAAAUGAAAUUAGUCAGUUUUUGUAAUAGUGAAAAUUAUUAGUACUAAAUGGAGGCUUUAGUCAUAGUCUUAAA